UUGGCUGUGCUUGUGGUGGAGUGUGAGAGGCCCAGAGAGCCGGCGAGAGGGGAGCUGAGAUCAGUUACAGCAGGAGAGGCAGAGCAGUGAGGCGAGCAAGUGAUCUGGGGAAAAAGAAGAUUGAGUUGUCUGGAGGGAAAGAGGAGAUUGUGUCCAACCAGAGACGAUAGUUUGGACAGACAGGUAGUGUGGUCACAGGGCAGCAAGAGGCAGACAGUAAGAAAUAGAGACAGGCAGACAGACAGAGAGACAGAGAGACAGGGAACACCUGGACCAGGCAGGGCAUUGAGUUUCAGUCACAGGAAGCUUCUGUCUCAGUUUUAUACAGUCACUCUCAGAACAAAAGCAAAGAGGCUGCAGUUGUGUUUGACUUGAGAGGAGCAUGUUUGACUGUAUGGAGGCUCUGGGUCUGGGCCCGCGGCCCCUCUUCGAUGUGUCCGGACAAGGCUCCUGCAUGCUCGCCAAGGCCACCCCUUACUUCUCCGGCCUGGACCCAUUCGCCUGGGCCGGGACCAGCAGCAUUCAGUCGGUGGAGACCCAGAGCACCAGCUCAGAGGAGAUGGUGCCCAGCUCUCCCUCCCCGCCUCCUCCUCCUCGUGUCUACAAGCCGUGCUUUGUGUGCCAGGACAAGUCAUCUGGUUAUCACUAUGGAGUGAGCUCCUGCGAGGGCUGCAAGGGUUUCUUUCGGCGCAGUAUCCAAAAGAACAUGGUGUAUACCUGCCACAGAGACAAGAACUGUCAGAUCAACAAAGUCACCCGCAACCGCUGCCAAUACUGUCGGCUGCAGAAGUGCUUUGAGGUUGGCAUGUCCAAAGAAGCGGUGCGUAAUGACAGGAACAAAAAGAAGAAGGAUGUAAAGGAGGAGGUGGUGCUGCCAGAGAACUAUGAGUUGAGUGGAGAACUGGAGGAGCUGGUUAACAAAGUCAGCAAAGCUCACCAAGAGACCUUUCCAUCUCUGUGCCAAUUAGGAAAAUACACCACAAAUUCAAGUGCUGACCACAGAGUACAGCUGGACUUGGGCCUGUGGGAUAAGUUCAGUGAGCUGUCCACUAAAUGCAUUAUAAAGAUUGUGGAGUUUGCCAAGCGGCUACCAGGCUUCACCACGCUCACCAUCGCUGACCAGAUCACCCUCCUCAAAUCUGCAUGCCUGGACAUCCUGAUGCUGAGGAUAUGUACUCGUUACACCCCAGAGCAGGACACCAUGACAUUCUCAGAUGGCCUGACUCUCAACAGGACCCAGAUGCAUAACGCUGGCUUUGGUCCACUCACAGACCUGGUGUUUGCCUUUGCUGGUCAGCUGCUGCCUUUGGAGAUGGACGACACAGAGACGGGCCUCCUCAGUGCAAUCUGCCUCAUCUGUGGAGACCGAAUGGAUCUGGAGGAGCCACAGAAGGUAGACAAGCUGCAGGAGCCGCUGCUAGAGGCUCUGAAGAUCUACACCCGUCGUAGACGCCCGAAUAAGCCGCACAUGUUUCCCCGCAUGUUGAUGAAAGUCACAGACCUCCGAGGAAUCAGCACCAAAGGUGCCGAAAGAGCCAUCACACUGAAAACAGAGAUCCCAGGCCCAAUGCCUCCACUCAUCAGGGAGAUGCUUGAGAAUCCUGAGGCCUUCGAAGACAGCAGUGACUCUGGGGAGAGCGCUGCAGCCGCUCCCCCCGCUCCCCCCGCUCCCCCCGCCAUUCAAGCCAUCAAACAAGAGGAGAAGUCAACGUAUGAGUCGACCGUUGAGGAAGAAGAAGAAGAGGAAGAGGACGACUACUGGGAUGAGGAGAAAGAACGAGGGGCGGACAGUGAUGGGGAGGCGUGUGGCGAGGUGGCAGCGGGCUCACAAAAGAAAGGUGUGACUGGGAAAACACAGUGAGAGGGACAGAUGAUGCUGCUUCCUCCUUCAGAUCACUGAGCCAGCUCUCAGAAACCUCACAGAAUUAGGCUCUUAUUUAACAGCAGUGUUGCAUACAGCACAUAUUUACAUAUACUGUACAUGUUGACUGAAAGGAAAAUGUGUUAAGUUCAGUAUAGGAAUAAAAAAGCACUAAAUGUAAGCAGGUUGAGGGGAACGCCAUGAAAAAAAUCACUGUGCCAAAAUGAGACUGUCUAAAAGAUGUUUCAGAAGUGUCCAUCCAGAGAGCAACGAAAGGUGGUGGACUGAAGAAAAUGCACUCCUCCACUAUCUAUAAGGGCUAUGCUGUGUAUAAAAUUGAUGGUAAAAGAUACAUGUCAACAACAGAACUCUAUGUGGUGUCCAUUUGCCGCAAAUGUCUUCUCAGAAUUCCUUUUAUUCCUAUUCAGAGAUAUGCUACUUAUUUUUUUAUUGAUUUUUUUUUUUUCUAAGCAUGAACACAUUUCUGUUUUUCCUUCAUGCCUGUUGUGUUGUCUUUUUUUUUUCUUUUGGUAUAUUUUUCACCGAUCACAUUUGACCGGACAUAUGUGUGUUUUUGUUAAGCAUCUCUUUAAUUUUAUGCAUUUCAGCUUUCCCGGACACAGUGAAAAGCAAUAGCAAAAGUAGUAAUGAGAGCAAUAGCAGAGAGCGAGCAGGACUCAAAACUUACAAUGUGACAAGAGAAUAAUGAGGAGAACUUCAACUGUAAAUUUCAGCUCUGGUGCUUUUGAUCCAAAUAAUGCAAAAGAAAUGCAGCAACAUAUCUCUGCCUCUCGCCAAAAAUACACAAUCAUUUAACAAAAAAAAAAAAUACUUUGACUAAGGAAUCUGCAGGGUAGAUUUAAUGUCAUCGCGCAAUCUCAGGUUGAUUCUAUCAGGGCCGUGUCUCACCUGUCAAUUCAGUAUUUUAAGAAAACUGUUGAUCCAUCAUAAGCCCCUCAUCAACAAAAAAGGUUCUCAUACCAGGGAGUAGGGAUCAUUAAAGCAACAUUAUGUAGUAAUUUUAUUGCGAUUUGGCGCCCCCUACCAUUUCUGAAUGCCACACAGCUGUAAAGACAAGACAAUAGAUUAUAUACAAAUUCACAAUAGAAAAUGAUAAUCAUCAGUGUUUUUGCAAAGAAACAAAUGUACCAAUGUCUCCACAACUGGGACUGGUAGUGUGUAGCGCUGAACCUUUGAUGAACAGCUUGGAAAGUACUGCCUCCUGCAGCAGCGAACAUCUUACUUGCACUAUUCCAUCAAGGAUAACUCUCAAGGCAUUAUUAUAAGCUACUUGAAGAUAACAUUCUACCAGCUAAACUUCUGCCGAAAUGGGCUGACGUGCCUUAUCAUCAAAAAGUAGCGAGUUGACAACUUUGCUAACACAGCCAAACAUCAAACAAGUGCAACAACACAAGACAUAUAACUUAGUACGCCGGCUAAUGUUACUUACUAUUCAACACCAACAAGUCCAGCUCUCCGUCUGUCUGCAGUCUUCUAUUUUGCUUAACUGUCAUCAAGAUCUAAAAAAAAAAAACACCUGAGACUCUUGUCUCUUGUCUCUUGUCUCUUCUUUGGUCACUGUCUCCUUUCUCUUCUUCAGUUCCUCUGUCAACAUCUUCUUUGGCCUCUUUGUUGUCAUGGUGUCCCUAGAGGCGGCUCCAGUUCUAGUGGUCCAAACGCUACAACUCCCCGGCGGUCAGCCAGCUAACAGAGCUGUCUUGUACCUUUGGUAUUCAGCAGUAACAGGUUGCUUUUGGGAAACGCCUUAAAUCACAGAGAGUUGUUGCAGAGCAGCCAGAGGGGGAAAAAAGAGGAAAGGUUUUUUUUUUUUGGUUGCAUCAAAUAUGAUCCAGUUUCACCAAAAUAAGUGGUAGUAGGCAUUGUGUGUGAUGUACUGCCGUAAAGCGUUACACACUGUGAUCCUACCCACUCAGCAGAGCUACAUAUUACAGAAACAAGCAGUAGGGGGGGCAGAGUGCCUGAGACAGAGAUACCAUUCACCCGAUUACAAGUCACUGUAAUGUGAAGUAAUUCUGAAGCUGUUACUUUCAGGUAAAAUAGUUACAUAAUGUUGCUUUAAAAAUGUAAGUUGAGUAUCCUGCACAUGCCCUUAGUUCAGCAACGAGGUGCAGGCAAGCCAUAAUAAGUUCAUAUUGUAAGUAAAGAGUCAUCCAAACCGACAUAAAAGUAGUUUACUUCACAGAAAACCUCAGGUGUGUAUGAGUGUGUGCAUGAGUGUGUAUCUGAGAGCAUUUACCAACACACAGAUCGACGUUGCAGAGAUGCAACAUUAUUGCCAUUUACUGCCAUGAACCACAGUAAAGCAUUUAUGUAGAAAUCAAAUUAUUAUCUCUUAAGAAUGCACAUGAAUAGCUGUUGUAGCAGAAAUAUAAAUGUCUUCACUCACCCAAAGACUUCAGGUGGACAGCGGGACAGACGCGUUGUGAGAUGGCGACCGUCCAACAUAAUUGACAACGAGACAAAAGCUUUAGAUCGGGUGACCUGUCUGCUGAAGCACAGCACAGUACUCUGAAACGAUGUGUGUUAAUGUGUGCUGUAUCUAAUGAGUGAUGCAAAAGAUGGAUUUUUGUAAAAUAAAUACGUAAUAAUUUGUUUUUCAUCGAGA